AUGCCCCCUGACCUAAAUUCGCUCCCUCCUUCCCGGUCAACCUCCUCUUCGCCGUAUCACACCCGCACGAUGAGUAACUCAAUGGACAACAAUAACGUCGCGCGGUCGAUCUCUCCUCGCUCUUCGUCGAUAUCACUACAAGCAACAGCUACAAUGAACGCUGCCGCAGAUUCAUCCCGCCGUUCCUCGUCUGGUGCCCAUCGAGGGUCCCCUCAGACUAGACACUCAGAGCGUCGUCGAUCUGGAGCUAAUUCGAUUGCCAAUCUUCAUGAGGCCUCUCAUUCUGAUCCUACAGGCGCCGAAUCACCUCGGAAUCAUCACCAUCGCUCUUCUUUUGGCAGUGUUUUCCGAACUCAUAGCCCUUCGAGCAUUGCGGGGAGUCCUGUCAUCGGUACUGGAGACCCCCACCAUCAGCGUACUCCGUCACUUGGCGAGCUGCACCAGGAGCUCGAGCAAGAGCAGGAAGCACAAGUUAAUCGGCUUCUUUUGAUGAUCCGCAACCAGCAAGCUCAGCUACAGCAACUACAGCAAACACAACCACAACCAUCGGCAACCGCAAGCGGAACAGCCAUCGAUGAUUCAACGCCGACUUCAGAAAGGUCGUUUUCAUUCCCAAUUAUCCCUCCUCUACCAAGCACUGGCCAAAGAGGGCCUCUCCCGAUGGGCUCUAGUUUCUCCGCUCGGAGGGGCUCAAGCACUGCAAUGGCACCACUUACACCCAUACACCCAGUAGGAUCGCAGGCUGAAUCCGGUACUAGCACUGGUGGUAAUGAGUGGCUUCAACUUGGAGACUCUAACGGCAGACGAAGUAGCAGAGAUGAAAAUUCGUACUAUCAGGCCGAAACGGCUAAUUUGACAAGGGAAAACCAGAUGUUAAAGGUUCGAAUAAGGGAACUAGAGCGUCAAGUAGCCGAGUUGACUGCAAGUGGCACGAACAACCCUCCACAGUCCACUCCUCAGCCUAGUGAACAUAACCAGCCAGUCCCUACCAGUACCCUUGCUGAUACACCUACUGUGCCAGCGGGCUCGGCCACCCAGACCGGGCCUCAAACACCAACAGCCCAAACAGACGACAAGCCGUGA